AGAUAUAAAUAUCGUCGGCGAGGGAAAAGCGGCAUGGCUGAGCCGCGCUUGCUAGGACGGCCAACACUUCUCAACUUAUACAAGUUCGACUCGAAUCUACACACGUUACCUCCGAGAGGACAGUCAUACCAAGAAAUAAUAGAUGUCGCACCAACCGGAACUCAUCUUUGUCUUGGAAUGAGCGUCUUUCGUUGCUUUUUUUCAUUCGUUCGCUUUUUCUUAUUCGGAGUUCAACGUAAAGGCCGGCACUGGGGUGAUAUUUUUAGUCCCUUAAACUCCCUCAACAAACACUGUAGGCUACUGCAGUGUUGGCAAGGAUGGCUUUUCAAUCGGCCCUCUUACCAAUAUUGGUCUUGGGACUGUUGACUAGUUUGGUGCGUUGUGCCCCCUUCCCUGGCAGGCUGAAUGGCACAAUGGAACGACACUGGGAGACACUCUACUCGCGGUCCUUGGCUCGGAUCCCUGGGGAGAAGAGAGAGAUAAACCGGGACAGCGACUAUCUUAUGGGCAUUAAACGGCUACGACGCCUUUAUUGCAAUGUAGGAAUUGGGUCAAUUCAAGUUUCACCCGAUGGGAGAAUAACAGGAGUGCACAGUGAAAACCGUUACAGUCUCCUUGAGAUAUCUCCAGUAGAGAGAGGAGUUGUGACAAUCUUUGGCGUCCAACGCGGUCUAUUCGUGGCCAUGAACAGCAAAGGGAAGCUGUACGGAUCUGUUCAUUACAACAACGAGUGCAAAUUCAAAGAAACUCUCCUGGCAAAUAAUUACAAUGCUUACGAAUCGGUGGCAUACCCGACGAUGUACAUUGGACUAAGCAAGACUGGUAAAACAAAAAGAGGAAACCGAGUGUCACCAGCCAUGACGGUGACGCAUUUCUUGCCAAGAAUCUGAGUCACUCAGAAAUAGACUUAACCUCAAUGUGGGGUGAGGGGGACUCAAAAUGAUGCACUUUCAACUGGAGUUUUAUGCAAGACUAAGUGUAUCAUCCCGUUGAAAUUGUAUGUAUACGUUUGUAUAUCUGUUUAUUUAUUAUGAAAAACAAUUUUGUAUUUGGGGGAAACAGGUCCUCACUUCAGGGGGAAUUUCAGAAAUCAACACAUUUWUUUWWUUURUUUUUAAUUUAUCAGAAGUCUGCUGCUAUUAAGUGUUUGGGUAAGUGAGAUUCCUUUGUUGAAUUAUGCUUUUCUUUGAAUUGUUUAUAGACAAAAUAUUCUACAGCGACAGAGCAAAGGAUACUUUUAUAUUCUUUUUCUUCUAUGGAAAUAACUUUAAAGUCUUAGACCGAAGUUCAAACAAGUGAAAUUAGAUCAAAUUAUUGGUUUUAGAAGCAGAAGCAAUUGUCCAAUGGCAGGACUCUUUGUAUGGCUUUGGAGUCUAAUUGAAACAGUAUCAGCUUGCUACUGGUUACAGAAAGAGCCACGGUGAAGUCCUACCCUCUCAAAUCUGUUUUUAGCUCUGCCAGGGGGUUGAACUUUGAACUUUUCUGCAGUCAAUCUUUGUCACAUCUAUAAGACUCUGGACAGAGAGAGGCAUCUUCUUGACAUUGUAUAAGCAGAGAAUUUGAGAGUUUAAAGGCAAGGUCAGUGUGCUGACACACAAGGCAGAAACCAUAGCCAUGGCUCUUUAACAUACAGCUUUUAUGAUGGGAAGUAAAAAAUCAAAGUCCUCAGCAGUAUGGAGGAUAUAUGGAUCUCAAAAGGAUUCAUUGAAAUCAUCACAAGUUCAGCAUCAGAGCUCCUCACUGAGUGCAAAAAAAGAAGGCAAGAUAAUGUAAAGAUUGUCAAAGGUUAUGUUUUCCCCCAGUUGGUACACCGAAAAGCUAUACAUUAUUUUUGGGGGGAGACAUGUAUCGCCGCCUAUUUCUUCCCAUUGCCAAACUUUCCUUGUUAUCUAUCCUCUACCUCACAUAACCAACAAACCCCACCCCCAAAAAAAAUUUAUAGAGUUUGUCCUGAAGUAAUUUUAUUGAACCAGUUUGAGAUUAGCCCCAAUCUCUUCUCGGAGCACCAUGCCAUAGGCAGAAGUUCAGGCAGCCAUUUCGUCCCAGUUGCGCCUUGUCACGUUUGAGCUAUCUUUACCCUGUGAUUUACUUUUAGAAAGGAUGAUCAUGGUGGGAAUAUUUACAGACAGCUGUUAGACCGCACUAUAUGCUUAACCAGUAACCCUAUAUUUUUCUUUAUAUAUUUUGUAAAUAUAACCCCUGGUAACUGGCGGAGCAUAGUGAUGCUGCUUCAAAAAGUCUGUUAUUCCUCCUUUGGGAACAUUCAUUCAACGAUGAAGGGGAUUGACCAGGAGAUGGCCCAUGCCAGAGGGUGUCUCUCUCUCUGUCUGUAGUCCCAGUCGGCAUUCACGUAAUAAGGAAUUCCCUCGGCCACAAAUUGGGGAAAAACAACAUUCUUUCCUAUUGACCCCCAUUGUAAAAGAGGCAACUUCGUCGUCGUUUUUUUACAAUGACGAAAAGCUGCUGUGUUCUUCAAUGUAACCAGGUKAAAAAAUCCUGACCUACGGUUCGCAAUGCUCCCACGUAGGGUAAUAGAGCCUGCGAGAAGAACCCUGUGCUGUGGCUUCAGGCUAUUCGGCGUGGGAGAGGGGGAAAUCUGGGGACCCGGUGUCCAAGUAGGCUACACGUAGCUAGGUGUGUGGAAAACAUUUAAAUCACAGCUAAGACAUUUAACUUGUUUAA